UAUCAUUUCUUCUUGUAAACAAACCGAUAAUUUAAUGUAAAAUAUGAAUCCUUGCAGCAAUGAGUGCAGUGCUGAUCUGCUCUCACUGAGCAGGUAAACUCUUGUGACCUUUGACCCGAGCAGAGGGAGGAGGGGAGGAGUGGGACACGACGUGCAGGAGGUCGUGACGGAGUAAGGCUGGGGGGGUCUGCAGGUCCCAGGGGUGCUGCUUCCGGCCGGCGGAGACCUUACCCCUAAUGAAGCCGCCAUUACCGGCGUGGAAACGACGCCAGCCCCCCCAGGGGACACGCAGGGGGGUCCGUGGGUGUCCAUAAAAACACGCAGAGACGAACCGGGAGCUUCAGAUGAUUCCGGACUUUCUGCGGAUCCUCCACGAGACAGAAAUGCUGCGCGAGACCAGAGAUCCAGAUUCCUGCGUCCCGGUGAAGCAGACAGGAAGUCCGUAUGAGAUGAGCACCAGUGAUGGGUCGCGACCCCUGGGCGUCCAUCGGGUCUUCACCAACAGUCGGGAGCGCCGGCGCCAGCAGAACGUCAACGGGGCGUUCGCCGAGCUGCGGCGCCUCAUCCCCACUCACCCCCCCGACAGGAAGCUGAGCAAGAACGACAUCCUGCGCCACGCGCUGCGCUACAUCCACUUCCUGGACCGGCUGCUGGUGGACCAGGAGGACGGCGGCCUGCAGGGGGCGCCUUCGCCCCGCUGGGCCCAGAGCUCAGAGGACGGAGACUCUAACGGCGUGUUGGAGCAGCAGCGCUACCUGCACCGCUACCAGGUGCAGCUGAGCAGCCAAUCAGAACCCACCGACGGCCAGACCCUUCCCAGACUGGAAGCUGAACUGGAAACCAGUUCUGGUGUUUGGCUUUUAUAUUAAAGACUUCUGUCUCGGUGCGAAUAUUAAUGUCAAAAGCUGCGUUUCCAUUUGAAAUGUACGUAAAACUUUGUUGAUAUUCUGCUAACGUAGCAAAAAUAAAAUUUCAACAUUAGCAACAUUUCGCUAAUGUCGAAAUAACAAGAUUUUACAAUUCCAGUGGAAAUAAGGAACACAAUUAAAAUCACAUGUGGAUAAGUCAGUUCUCACAGGAAGCUGCGCCAUCAUCCACUUCCUGCCGUCUUUGUUGUUUCCUCCAGUAGUAACUUCCUGUUGUUGGUCACGUGACUCAUCUGAUGCAGAAAAAAGUGUUUCUGCCGUUGUUUUGUGAAAUGAAACAAUUUUGAUACGGACAAAAAAAGAAAACUAAAAAAUGUGAGUUUUUUUCUAGAUGUAUUUGAUUUAAGCGAAUUUAUUUAGGAAACAUGAAAUUGCGUAACAGCGUUGUCAAUGGAAACGCAGCGAGGUUUGCAGAUUGUUCCUGAAUAUUACAGUUACGCUAAAAAUGAUGAAGAUGAUGAACAUCAUCAUCAGCACCAUCAACGUUUUGUUUCAGAGAAACAUUCCUUAAGAAGUGACUCCAUGUGAUAUUCACAUCCACACUGCAAAAACACAAAGUAUAACCAAGUAUUUUUAAUCUAGUUUCUGGUCCAAAUAUUUCAGUCACUUAAACUAAGACAGAAAACUGAUUUAGAAGUAACUUAAAGAAGAUAUAAAAGCUUUUUUAAGUAAAUAAUUCCUUAUAUUGAUUUUAAAAAGUUAGUCAAUUUCUAUAAGCAGAUUAUUUCAUUUAUAACAUUGGAAAUUUUUAAAGUGAAAUUAUGUCAAUGUAACUUGAACUGUUUUGUCAACAAUAAGGAUUUAUUUACUUAAAACCACCAAUAACAUCUGGCUGAAAAAUGACUUGUAAGUUCAUUUUCAGUUACUGAGAUAUUUUCAUCAGAAACCAGAACAGAAAUACUCUGUGGGAUUUUGUGUUUUUACAGUGUCUUUGUUGUUUCAGUAGAAAAUUUGUUUUCACGUUCAGGAUGUGAAGUUCUGCUCAGGUCCAGUUUCAUUUUAAAGGAACUUUUUCUGCUUUUAAACUUUUAAUUUCUGUAUAAAACAUGUUUUUUUUCUUUUUAUUGUUAGUUAGAAAAAUGUUGUUAAGAUUUGAUGCUUUUAAUCUUUUGAUAUGAACACAAAUUAAAUAAGAUUACUGAGAUUAAAUAAGUGAUGGUUUCCAAUGUAAAACAUCACAGUAACUGUUUAAUCUGCUUUUAAUGUAACAAAAAUAAAGAAUUUUGAUUUUAUUUUGCUUAUUUCAAAGGAACAAUGCCUAUGAUGAAUAGAAUAGAAUAGAAAUAUCCGUCACUGUUCAACAGGAGAAAUUUUUCUGGAGUUAAAGCAGCAAGUUAAAGUAAAAAGGAGCAAGAAUACUCACAGAAAAACAAUUUCUGAAAAAAAAUAACAAUCAAAAACUGUAAAGGCAUAUUUACAAAAUUAGAGAAAUAAUAUAGUUACCAAAAAUAUACUCAGAUUAAAAUAAUCCUGCAGCAGAAUGGGAUAAUAAAAAAAUUACAAGAUGUGUAUUCAUGUAUUGGUGCAUAAAAAGAAUAAUGUGCUAUUGAAAAGCUGAAUUUUAUAUAUAUAUAUUUUCAUUUUAAUUUAAGCGUCCAUGUUAUGCAGUGUGUCCACUUCUGAGAGGCAACAAAAAAUCCCCAAAAAACAA